CUUUUUCUACUGUGUUCUGGGAGGGGUGUGCUGUGGUCCUUAGCAAGCCCUGGGCUGGCAGUGUGCCAGCCUGCGUGCAGGAGGGGCAGCUCACGCCCAAGGGCUGGCCUGAGGUCUGCCCGGGCCUCGCAAGGCUGUUGUCUCCAGCAGGUCAGUGCUAUUAAUAUCAGCUGAGCACACAGCCCCUAAUUGGGUGAUCCUCUUAUGCCUGUGGCCUGGGCUUCUGAGGCGGGCAGGGAGUGCUGUUCCUGCUGCACGGGGCUCCUGGGGGGCCCCACCCCCACUCCUCACCUGCUGUGCCACCCACUCAUGGAGGGGCAGUUCAGGUGGCUCCUGAGCUGACCUGGGAGGCCACCGUGGGUCUAAGAGACAGUGUGGUGAUGCCCCUGCACGCACCUGGGAUCCACCGCCAUCCUGGUGCCCCUGUGUCCCAGCCAUGAGCAGCCCCCCAGCUUACCCUGGCAUCAGGAUCUCAGGGUGCUGGGCCCUCGGAGCGGAAGGCAGCAGUGCUGAGUCCCUGGACAGGCUCCUGCCUCCCGUGGGCGCCGGGCGCUCGCCCCGGAAGCGUACCACCAGCCAGUGCAAGUCUGAGCCGCCUCUCCUGCGCACCAGCAAGCGGACCAUCUACACAGCGGGGCGGCCGCCCUGGUACAAUGAACAUGGCACACAGUCCAAGGAGGCCUUCGCCAUUGGCCUGGGAGGGGGCAGUGCCUCCGGGAAGACCACCGUGGCCAGAAUGAUCAUUGAGGCCCUGGACGUGCCCUGGGUGGUUUUGCUGUCCAUGGACUCCUUCUACAAGCUCCUCCUGCCACAGGUGCUCACCAAGCAGCAGCAGGAGCAGGCCGCCCACAACAACUUCAACUUCGACCACCCGGACGCCUUCGACUUUGACCUCAUCGUCUCCACGCUCAAGAAGCUGAAGCAGGGCAAGAGCGUCAAGGUGCCCAUCUACGACUUCACCACCCACAGUCGGAAGAAGGACUGGAAGACGCUCUAUGGCGCGAACGUCAUCAUCUUCGAGGGUAUCAUGGCCUUUGCUGACAAGACGCUGCUGGAGCUCCUGGACAUGAAGAUCUUUGUGGACACAGACUCUGACAUCCGCCUCGUGCGGCGGCUGCGCCGGGACAUCAGUGAGCGAGGCCGAGACAUCGAGGGUGUUAUCAAGCAGUACAACAAGUUUGUCAAGCCCGCCUUUGACCAGUACAUCCAGCCCACCAUGCGCGUGGCUGACAUCGUUGUGCCCCGGGGGAGCGGGAACACAGUGGCGAUCGACCUGAUCGUGCAGCAUGUGCACAGCCAGCUGGAGGAGAGGAAGCUGCGCUGGGAUAUGGCCGCGCUGGCCUCAGCACACCAGUGUCACCCCCUGCCCCGGACGCUGAGUGUCCUCAAGAGCACGCCGCAGGUGCGGGGCAUGCACACCAUCAUCAGGGACAAGGAGACCAGCCGAGAUGAAUUCAUCUUUUACUCCAAGAGGCUGAUGCGGCUGCUCAUUGAGCACGCGCUCUCCUUCCUGCCCUUCCAGGACUGUGUGGUGCAGACCCCACAAGGGCAGGACUACGCGGGCAAGUGCUAUGCUGGGAAGCAGAUUACAGGCGUGUCCAUUCUGCGGGCUGGCGAGACCAUGGAGCCAGCGCUGCGGGCCGUGUGCAAAGAUGUGCGCAUUGGCACCAUCCUGAUCCAGACCAACCAGCUCACCGGGGAGCCUGAACUGCACUACCUGCGUCUGCCCAAAGACAUCAGUGACGACCAUGUGAUCCUGAUGGACUGCACUGUGUCCACAGGCGCUGCUGCUAUGAUGGCCGUGCGCGUGCUCCUGGACCAUGACGUGCCUGAAGACAAGAUCUUCCUGCUGUCGCUGCUCAUGGCGGAGAUGGGUGUUCACUCAGUGGCCUAUGCCUUCCCGCGAGUGAGAAUCAUCACCACGGCAGUGGACAAGCGUGUCAACGACCUGUUCCGCAUCAUCCCCGGCAUUGGGAACUUCGGUGACCGUUACUUUGGGACCGAUGCUGUCCCUGAUGGCAGUGACGAGGAGGAAGUGGCUUCCACGAGUUAGCUGUGCAGGCUGAGCCACCCCCACCAGUCCCCGCCUGCCUCUUGGCUCUUGCUUUCCGAGUACAGAGAUGUUAACUUAUUUUAAUUAAAAAAGAUGUUACCAAUAUAACUUAUUCUAUACAUUUUGUAAAAUAAAUAAAGCUUUAGGAAAAUGAA